CCUCGGCCCGUCGGCCUCCCGUGACUCUCCGCGGACUUCGACCAGAGUGCGGAGUCAGUCCGGAGUAGAGCAGAAGCUCAGGCCUGGCAUCGCCUUCCCCGCGAGACUUGGCUUCGACUUGCUUUCAGCUGCUAUUCUAUGUGGUUGUUCUGGCAUCAGGAUCCUUGCAAUGGCCCCCAGGAAACCCACAACCACUGCUGAGGUGGCCCUGGUGCCGCUGAAGAGCUGCCUGGUCAACUUGCCGCCGUCUCUGGUGUCGAUGCUGGUCAAUGCCAAUGCGGCUGCGCAGAAUGUCAUCGUUGAGCUUCAGUAUCGCUCGUCCAUCGGAUCGUCAGGCUCUCACUCAAACACGGGACCUGUGCAACGGUCUUCAUACCUGGGAUGGACAGGAAUGCCCAGUAAGCGGAGGCUUGCCCCGGUCAUCGGCAAGGAUGGUCUUCGAGGAGAUUCAAGCAGAGAACAUGAAGUGGCCGCUAUAGAAAUAGACUCGACGUUUGGAAAGAUCUUGGGCUUGACAGAGGGGCAGAAGGUUGGGCUAUUUGUUCACCUCGAUCCUCCAGUAGCACAUACAAUCAAUAUUGAGCCUUUGACUCCAACGGACUGGGAGAUCAUCGAACUUCAUGCAACCUUUCUGGAACUGAACCUGCAAUCACAGAUUCGUGCUCUGCCAAACCCCGCCUACAAUAGUGGUGCUUCAGGACAGGGGGAGCAUCUGCAUCCUUUGACACUGCACCUGUCUCCAACCUCUACUGCUAAUAUCAUUAUAACCUCGUUGACACCCCCCGUACCGACAACCUCACCAUUCGCGAAGGUUGCGCCGGAUGCGGAGGUCAUCGUGGCGCCGAAGGUCCGUGCCAAGUCGACAAAAGGGUCGCGUGGGGAGACUAGAAGCAUCACAGGCAGUAGCCGGAGGAGUACCGGGGGGAGGAGCACGAGUAGUACGGUACGAUCUAAGAGCAAUGGUGCUGAUUCCACAACCAGAGGCGCUGUAUAUCUUCGAGGGGUCGAUCGCCAGUUCGCUGAGGAAUGGUUUGAUGAGGAAGCAGCAGAACACAGUAAUGAUGGAUUCCGCGUCUGGAUUGACCGGGAUGUUCUGGCUACAAACGAACUGCGUGGCACGAGCUGGGUCUCUGUGUUGGUGGUCCAACCGGCUGGUUUGCAGGCACCCGUGGACCCUCAACAGCAGUUGCAGCAGAAGGAGCAGGAAUCAACCGAAGCUGGCCGUCCUGCGACAAAAUUGAUUGCCAAAGUGAUCCCCUGGGAAGAUGCCCCAGAUAGCAAGCAUGUGGCUGUCUCCUCUGCCCUAUGCGCUGCGUUGGGAAGUGAAAAGAUGAUGGGAGGCAUUGUACGAGUGGAGGCAGCCCCAUCCCAACUGCAGCGAUCCGCAGUCAAGUCUCUGAAGAUAUAUCCGUUCGCCUUGGAUAGUUCGAAGAAAAAAGAAGGUCUGAAAUUCGGAGGUGACACUGCGGCAUCUAGGGAGGCAUUGGCGGAACGCAUUAGGAUCACUUAUGGUAGUCCGGGCUCGGAUAACGGGCUAUUGUCGGGCCCUAUCACAGACGGUAUGAUGAUCCCAAAGGUGGAAAGUCAUAUCGCCACCACGUUUGAUGGCGGGAUCAUUCGUUUCGAUCCGCCGUUGAAGAACUCCUCUGACGCCAGCAAACCAAGUUUUGGGUGGCUGCUGGGAUCAGAAGGUAAGCUGAAUAUAGAGGUGCAGGCGGAAAUACCUAAACCGGUCGAUCCCCUCUUGUCUUCGCUUCCAUCCGAUGAGCAAAUACCGUCCUCACCACCAGAGAUGGUGGGAAUUGAUUCCCUCAUUGAUUCGAGUCUGGCAAAUUUAACCAGGUCCUCUUCUGUACUAUUGACCGGUGGACUUGGAUCCGGAAAGACGACACUCAGCCACCUUCUAGCACAUCGGCUGAGGGAAGAGUAUCUGUUCAACGUUACCUACUUCUCAUGUCGCAAGUUGGUCACAGAUGAGACACGUGUUUCCACAAUCAGGGAGACGCUAAACCGUCUCUUCAUGUCUGCCGCCUGGUGUGCCCGUCUUGGUGGACAAUCAGUCGUGAUUCUGGAUGAUUUGGAUAAAUUGUGUCCUGUCGAAACUGAGCUUCAGGUGGGAGGCGAGAAUGGACGGAGCCGUCAAGUCAGCGAGAUUAUAUGCUCCGUAGUUCGCGAGUAUUGUACGAUGACAUCCUCCGUCGUUCUGCUCGCAACUGCUCAGUCGAAAGAAUCUCUGAACAAUACUAUUGUGGGUGGUCACGUCGUGAGGGAAAUAGUCGCCUUGAAAGCGCCUGACAAAGAAGGACGACGGAAGAUCUUGGAAAAGCUGACACAGGAGGACAAGCAAGAUAGCACUCUAAACGGCCAUGCUCGCAGUAGGAGCGCCUCGACACAAGAUUCAUGGCUGGAUCCGUCAAACCCCGGAAGUCGUCCAAGUUCGUCCGGUGCAGAUGGGUUCCAUCUGUCUCGAGAUCUCGAUUUUCUCGACUUGGCCGGUAAGACCGAUGGCUACAUGCCGGGAGACCUAGUAUUAUUGGUCGCUCGUGCUCGGAAUGAGGCUCUUAUUCGGUCCGUUCAGGAUACUGAAGCAACUUCGACGGGUAUUACUUUGGGAACGGAGGAUUUUGAGCGCGCACUCAAGGGGUUCACGCCAGCUUCCCUCCGCAACGUUACUCUCACGUCUUCUUCUACGACGUUUGCUGCUGUUGGUGGUCUCCGCCAGACGAGACAGACGCUGCUGGAAACGCUGCAAUACCCAACCAAAUAUGCACCCAUCUUUGCUCAAUGUCCUCUCCGACUGCGGUCUGGUCUACUUCUAUACGGCUUUCCUGGCUGUGGUAAGACAUUGCUUGCAAGCGCCGUUGCAGGCGAGUGCGGUUUGAAUUUCAUCAGCGUCAAGGGCCCAGAAAUCUUGAACAAAUACAUCGGUGCUAGUGAGAAAAGCGUCCGAGAUCUGUUCGAGAGAGCAGAAGCUGCCAGACCCUGCAUUCUUUUCUUCGACGAGUUUGACAGUAUAGCUCCUAAGCGUGGCCAUGACUCUACUGGUGUCACUGACCGUGUUGUCAAUCAGCUUCUCACGCAAAUGGAUGGCGCAGAGGGUCUAUCCGGAGUAUAUGUGCUUGCCGCAACAUCCCGGCCCGAUCUUAUUGAUCCUGCGUUGUUACGUCCUGGUCGUCUUGACAAGUCCUUACUGUGCGACGUGCCUUCGCAUGAAGAUAGAGUCGAUAUUAUUCGAGCAGUGAGCAAGAAGCUGAAAUUGAGUGAUGAUGUGGAGGCACGCAUCGACGAUAUUGCAUCCCGCACUGAGGGCUACUCGGGUGCAGAUCUCCAGGCCGUGGUAUACAAUGCUCAUUUAGAAGCCAUCCACGACGUCCUCGGGGACCGAUCAUCUGAACCCACCAAGAACCAAUCAGCCGAUCGUUCCUCUAAAGAUGCUACUAGCAAGUCCUUUAUCCAAUUUCUAUACGAUUCAUCUGAACACGAUGCCGCCAUCUCAUCUCGUGGUAUCAGAUCAUCCGCUCUUACGCCGCCAGCGGUUGUGGCCGCUAAGCUCGAAGCCAUGAAGCAGGCGCGACGCCGUCAACGUCAGCUUGAGCACGGAGCUGGAGGUGCAGCAGACUCUGCUGCACAGCCAGUCACAAAUGGCACAAACGGUAUUCAUCAUGAUGAUGAUGCACGUGAUGAAGUUGUGAUCCGCUGGGAGCAUGUCGAGCGCUCACUUUCCACCACGCGUUGUUCGCUGAGUGAGGCUGAGCGCAGACGGCUCGACGCUAUAUACGAUGAAUUUGCCGUUGGCAGAAAUGGAGAGAUGCCAAACGGAGAGGGGGCAAGAGAAAUUGGGGGACGAACGAGCUUGAUGUGAUCUAUUGUCUAUUCGUGUCCAUUUGCGAACAUUGAUGCCUUGUACUGUACAUACAUCCUCAGACCUCAUUAGACAAAAUCCAUGUACACUUACCAAUCAAAUUUACUUACCAUUCAACUGAC